AUGCAGACUUCUUCUACAAACAUUUGUGAAAGACUGUGAAAUAAGUCCAUCUGUGAAAUUUCCUUGCUACUAAAUAUUCCAUGAUCAACUGUUAGUGGUAUUAGAACAAAGUAGAAGCAACUGGGAACAACAGCAGCAACGAAGUGGUAGGCCAUGUAAAAUGACAGAGCAGGGUCAGAGCAUGCUGAAGCGCACAGUGUGCAGAAGUCGCCAACUGUCUGCAGAGUCAAUAGCUAAAGACCUCCAAACUUUGUGUGGCUUUCAGAUUAGCACAACAACAGUAUGCAGAGAGCGUCAUGGAAUGGGUUACAUUGCAUCACCAAGUGCAAUGCAAAGCGUCGGAUACAGUGAUGUAAAG